AUGGUCGCCGCCGGAACCGCGAGGCUUAUUGCCUCUUCCAUGCUCCUUGGCCUGUCCACGGCCAUCGUGGUCACGCCAGGACAACCCGCCGCCGGUCUCGAGUCUGCUGGUGUCAAGGACAGCCGCUUCACCUUCAGCCAGCACCCCGUCGUCGUCCCAAACCCCGGCGCCAUCGGCACCUUCACAGAUGGACCCCAAGGUCUCACCUCCGGUAUCAUCAUGAGCACCGGUCUCGUCUCCAAUGCCGUCGUAGGAAGCACCCCCAACACCAACUUUGGCUUCAACUCGGGACAGCCCAUCAGGGGCUGCGCCGUCGGAAGCAGCGAGGAGAAUGUCUACUACGGCAUGUUCGUCAACGUGCCCCAGGGCGUCACCGCCAUCAGGAUCAACUACCUGUUCGCCACAGAGGAGCCCAUCACGGGAAACCCCGACUCGUCCAUCAUCUACAGGGACACGAUCCCUCAGCCCCAGACCGCCGUUCUGGCCACGUCCGCGCUGCCCAACACCGGUGCCACCUUUGGUCUGUCGUACGCCCGCGCCGGCGUCAUCUCCAGCUACGAGUUCCCCGUCCAGCCCGGGUCCUCCCAGCACCUCGACUUUGUGCUCUGCGACUCGGGUAACGGUAAUUUCGACUCGGUUCUGCUCGUCGACAUUGUCGGCCUGCCUCUGGAUCCCGUCUUCUUCCCGUCGAGCGCCGCCCCGAGCUCGAUCCCCCCCAGCUCCGUGCCUCCCAGCUCGGUCGCUCCUAGCUCGGUCCCUCCCAGCUCCGUUCCCCCGAGCUCCGUGCCUCCCAGCUCUGCUCCUCCCAGCUCCGUUCCCCCGAGCUCGAUUCCUCCCAGCUCCGUGCCUCCGAGCUCGGCUGCCCCCAGCUCCGUCCCGCCCAGCUCUGCUCCUCCCAGCUCGGCCCCUCCCAGCUCGGUCGCCCCCAGCUCCGUCCCGCCCAGCUCGGCUGCUCCCAGCUCUGCUCCUCCCAGCUCUGCUCCUCCCAGCUCUGCUCCCGCCAGCUCUGCUCCCGCCAGCUCUGCUCCCGCCAGCUCUGCUCCCGCCAGCUCUGCUCCCGCCAGCUCGGCUCCCGCCAGCUCGGCUCCCGCCAGCUCUAUUCCCAGCUCGGCUCCCAGCUCUGCCCCUGCUAGCUCUGCUGCUCCCAGCUCCGCUCCCCCCAGCUCCGUCUCGGAUGUUGUAUCAAGCUCCGCUUCCGAUUCGACAUCCUGCGACGAUGUUGCCUCUUCGACUGCUGUUCCGUACGGCUCCAUCGUGCCUUCCUCCGUUGACGAUUACGCCGUCCCCACAACCAAGGACGUCUACGCCGCGAGACGAGCUGCUCGGAGUCGGCUGUGCCUACGACCGUCAACGAUUACGAUGUGA